CUUUAUAUAAUGGAUCUUUAUAUGCUAAAGUUGACAGUGCUAGCCACCGUGAAAAUCUUUGGAAAUAUUACAAAAAAUGAGUUCAGAAAUUUUAUAUUAUUACUUUUGUUGGGAUAAUCCAAUAAAAAUACUGCAAAUUUUAAAAACCUUCAAUAAUAUAGACGUUUUUUAUAAAAAUGGAGUUUUUUUUGAAUUUGCUUUAUCAAAUGAUUAUGUAGAGAUAUUUGAAGCAUUAAUGGCUUAUUUUGAAAAUAAACAAUUUCCAAUAAAAAAUGAAAUAUAUGAAGAAAAAAUAAAAGAGCUUUCAGAGAUUUUAGAAGAAUUUGCAAGUGGAAUGGAACUUACAUGUGAAAUGAAAAAAGCGUUAUCCCAAUACAUAGACUUUGAUGAUAGCAGUACUGAUAGUAGAGAACAUGACUUUGACGAUGAUUUUAAUAAUGAUUUAAGUAGCACUUUACCAACAGAUAAUGAACAAGAUAAUAGCUCUAAAAGCAAAUAUUUAACCCCAGGAAAUAAUUCUUCAAAUUUUUACAACAACAAAGUUGCAAAUUGGUUGUGUAUCUGAAUUUUAACAGGAGUCACUAAGUUUCCGUUCACCACAAAAUCUUUGAAAUAAUAUUGGAAUACUACAAAAAAUGGUUUCUAACAUAUUGGGAGCAACUAAACAAGUGACAAUGUCCUAAUGUUCUAUGAUGUCCUAAUUGUUAAAAAAGACAUUCAUAUUUGCGACGAAUCAAAAAUAGAAGAAUAUUAGUAUUUGACUUAAAACAGUAGAAGUUACUUAUCUUCAUAAUAUCAAUGUAUUUUGAACGAUUUCGAGGUAAUAAUUUUUUUCGACAUGUUCUAUGAUGUCCUAAUUGUUAAAAAAGACAUUCAUAUUUGCGACGAAUCAAAAAUAGAAGAAUAUUAGUAUUUGACUUAAAACAGUAGAAGUUACUUAUCUUCUGUUUUGUGAUCAAUGAAUCUUGCUUAAUAAUAAAAUAAUAAUCAUAUUCCUAAUGUUGAAUUAAUGUUAAAAACAUAAUCCAGCAAACUUAUGAUUGCGACUUAAAAACUUAUUUUUAACUUUUUCUGUAAAUAAAAUCGGUAUUAGUUGUGUUUUAUUAAGAAUAUAUUUUUUUGAGAAUCUUGUAAAAAAUA